AUGAAUCUGUCCUUGAACUCCACAUUCUUCAAUCAGCAAGAACUCGAGGAACUUGAGUCUGCUUAUGGAUCGGGUGGGCUAGAAGCGGUUGCACCCCUCAUCCAGGAAAAGUUCCACAAUCUGAAAAGUGCCGAGCUUCACAUUGCAGUGACAGGAGAAGCGGGUGUAGGGAAAUCCACCUUCAUCAACGCUAUAAGAGGGCUGCGAGGUUCUGAUGAGGGUGCAGCUGAAACUGGAAAUAUGGAAACCACAAUGGAGCCAAUCCAAUACAAACAUCCCAGCUUCCCUGAACUUUGCUUCUGGGACCUGCCGGGAGUUGGAACAUUAAAAUUUCCAGUGGAGGAUUACCUUUGUAAAAUGAAUUUUGAAAAAUACGAUUUUUUUAUCAUAAUCUCAAGAGGUCGAUUUACAGAAAAUGAUGCAAAUCUUGCCAAAGAGAUUAAAAGGUUGAAUAAGAAUUUCUACUUUGUGCGAUCUCAAAUUGACAACGACCUCCAUGCUCUUGAAAUGGAGGACAGAUUGGCUGAUAAAGAGACAGAACUUAUCAAGAUUAAGAAUUACUGUGUGGAAGGCUUGAACUUAGCUGGGGUUUCACCAUCCACUGUUAUGCUGAUAUCAAGCUUUCAGGUGAGGGACUUUGAUUUUCCAGCAUUAAAAGAAACUUUUCUGAAUAACCUUGACGAUAUAAAGAAAGAUGUUUUCUUAAGGACACUCCCGAACACAACCUUGAAGAUAUUGGAACAGAAAACAGAUCACCUGAAAAAACGAAUCUGGAUAUUUGCCACAGUUUCAGGAACAGUUGGGGCUGUGCCAAUUCCUGGAUUGUCCUUUGCCUGUGACGUUGGAAUACUGGUUAAAGCUAUAAAAGAAUUCCGUGAAUAUCUCCGUCUUGAUGAUGCCUCUCUUCAAAGACUGGCCGACACAACUGGAAAACCGAUAGAAGUUCUAAAAGCAGAAGUGAAAACCCCUUUGAUUGGUGAAGUAAACGAGGAUCUUGUGAAGAGAAUGCUCUUGGGUAGCGCUGCUGCUGGUAUUUCAGCUGCUGAAGUUGCUGUUGAUGCCAUACCAGUCAUCGGUUGCAUUUUUGGAGCAGGAUCAUCAUUUGUAGCAACGUACAAGCUACUGAACGAUGUACUGAAUGACCUUGUGGAGAAUGCACGGAAAGUGGUGAAGGCUGCUUUCAAAAUUGAUUGA